AUGUCUGAGCUCUCCUCCCGCUUCCAUAGCCUCCGUGUCUCCCUCAAGGGCGGUGACGUCGUCGACGAGGACCUUGGCGGCGCCAUUGGCCACGACUCCGUUGGCGGCGGCGGUCGCAGCACCGUCCGCGCCGACCACGAGAUCGCCAAGCUGCGCGUCAGCCACGCCUUGCGCGCCUUUCUCGUCGACCGCGGUGUCCUCUCGGAGCAGGAUGCGAACCUCGACGAUGAAGGUGACAAUGUCCGCACCCCGGCCCUGGCCACCAUGCUCGCCCGCGGCGACUUCGUCGCGCCCCCGGACCUCGUCGACCGUGACCACCCCCUGCCCGAGUACUUCGUGAGCUCCUCCCACAACACCUACCUCAUGGCGCACCAGCUCUACGGAAAGUCCUCCGCCGAGGCCUAUGAGACGGCCAUCCGCACCGGCUCCCGCUGCGUCGAGAUUGACGCCUGGGACAACAGCGAAAACAAGGAGGAACCGAAGGUCACCCACGGCUACACCUUGGUGUCGCACAUUUCCUUCCGCGCUGUCUGCGAGACGAUUCGCGACAUGCACGACGAAGAGGCCGCCAUUUCCGCCAAGUAUCCCGACCACGCCCCUACGCCCAUCCUACUGUCAUUGGAGAACCACUGCGGCCCCGAGGGACAGAAGCGCCUCGUCGAGAUCAUGCACGAAGUCUUUCAAGACCGCCUACUCUCACAACCGCUCCGCCAAGAGCUCAUCGAGCGCCACGCUGAAGAACACAAGGCUGACGGCCUCGAGCACGACCCGGCCGAGCACGUCACCCUCAGAGAGCUGGGCGACAAGAUUGCCGUCAUCGUCGAGCAUCAUUUCGGCGACGACGUCUUGGACAGCGACUCCCAGAGCGAGUACGACGAAAACGACGAAGAGUAUGACGAAGCCGAGCGCAAAGCCCGCGAAGCUUACAAGGCCAACAAAAAGGACGAGGCCAAGAACAGCCAGGUCAUCAUCCCCGAGCUCGCCGCCCUCGGCGUGUACGCGCAGUCCGUCAAGCCCCGCGACAACACGUGGUUCGACCCGGGCGAGCUGCUCGACGGGCCGCACCACCACCUCAUCAACGUCUCCGAGUCGGGCCUCGCCGACCACAUGCCCCUCCACGCGUCCCGCAUCGCCGUCCACAACGGCCAGCACAUGAUGCGCGUGUACCCCAAGGGCACGCGCAUCAGCUCCUCCAACCUCAAGCCCGUGCGCUUCUGGGGCAUCGGCGCGCAGAUCUGCGCCCUCAACUGGCAGACGUUCGGCACCAGCAACCAGCUCAACGACGCCCUCUUCGCCGGCUCCGACGGCUACGUCCUCAAGCCCGCCGCACUGCGCCAGGGCGGCACCGGCUCCCUGCAGACCGGCCGCCGCCGGCGCCUCCGGCUGCACGUCGGCGGCGCCACCGACGUCCCGCUACCGGACGACCGCGAGGGCCACACGCUCAAGCCGUACCUGACGUGCACGCUGUACAGCGCGCUCGCCGAGGCCGGCGCCGAGGUCCCCAAGCGCAAGACGGAGGCGUACAAGCAUCACAGGCUGGGCUUCCUCCACAGGGGCGAGAACCCGCCCGCGACGGACCCCGUCUGGGACGAGACGCUCGAGUGGACGUACGAGGACAACGAGCUGGUCUUUUUGCGCAUGCUCAUAAAGAGCGACGACGCGUGGGCGCGGAACCCCAUGUUCGCUGUGGCGGCCGUGCGGCUCUCGUACACGGCGCCGGGGUGGACGUUUGUGAGGAUGCUGGACAUGCAGGGCCGAGAGACAAAGUGCACGGUGCUGCUGAACUUUGAGAUUCAGGACGUAUCGGCGGCGUCAUGA